AUGUCCGCCAGAACUAAAAAAAAUUUAUCCAUGUGCAAUACCAAGCUAGAAACCCAAAGUUGUUCCAUGCCAAAAAAUAAAAGCUGUGAUACUAAAAAUGUUAUUGGAGAGCCUUUGACACCUAUGACAGUUGAAGAUUUUGGACAAAAAUUAAAUAGUAGUCUUGAUAGUGAAGAAUCCAAUACAAGUGAAGAAAAUAACAAUGGAACUAGCGAAGAAGAUAACAAUUCAACCAGCGAAGAACCUGAAGAACAAUCUGAUGUUGGCCGAGGAACAAAACGGAAGUUACAUCAGAAGCGGCGACUUUUAGGAGAAGCCUAUUUAGGCUACCGAAGACCAAAAAACCAAAAACGAACAUUCCAGGAUACAGAAAGAAAUGCGAGAGUAAUGGGACCUAUGUGUCUAUCGAACGCUUGCAAGAGAUCAAAAAAAAGGUGGUGUCAGGACUUGAGCGAAAUACAGAGGCAGCAGAUUUUUAAAAAUUUCUGGGGAAAAUUAAAUAGCUGGGAGCAAAAAAGAGUUUAUGUCUUGAAUUUAGUUUACAGAAAAGAAACUGAGAGAAAAAGGACAACCAAUGAAUCUUCAAGGAGAUCCAGUUCACUGUUUUAUAAAUUAAACAUAGAAAGCAAAUAUGUUCCUGUUUGCAAAAAAAUGUUUUUAAACACCCUGGGCCUUAAAGAGUGGACAGUCCAAAACUGGGUUAAAAAUUCCGCGUAUGGCACACCUGCACCUAGUAGAUCCAGCCAACCUCGAUGCAAAAACGAAGACUCAAUUCAGUUCCUUAUAACAUUUCUAGACGAGCUUCCUAAGUUACCAAGUCACUACUGUCGGAAGGACACCAAGAAACUGUACUUAGAGCAAACUUUUACAAGUUUUGCAGAUCUCUUCAAAUUAUAUCAAGAACAUUGUAAAAAUUCUCAAAAGCAGGCACUUUCAAGAAACACGCUCAUGAAAUAUGUGAAAAUCAAAAACAUAGGCAUAUUUAGUCCUAGAAAAGAUCAAUGCGACUUAUGUGUAGAGUAUCAAGCUGGGAAUUUGGACCAAAGUGUGUGGGAGAAGCAUAGAAAUGAAAAGCAGAGAGCCCAAGAAGAAAAAAACAAUGAUAAAGAGCUCGCCAUACUUGACGAAUGUCACGUCAUUUGUAUGGAUUUACAAGCCGUGAAAACUUGUCCAUAUUUACAAGCCAGCUCAUUGUACUUUAAAACUAAGCUUUGCUGUCAUAAUUAUACCGUUUUUGAUCUCAAAACCAAGGAUGCUGUUUGUUAUUGGUUUGACGAAACUGAUACCGACCUUCAGGCUUCGACAUUUGCGUCAUUAUUGGUGGAUUUUUUAAAAAGGAAAUAUUUGGAGAAUAAUACGAACCAACAAAAACCUAUCAUAAUUUUCUCUGAUGGUUGCACCUACCAAAAUCGAAAUGCGGUUUUAGCGAACGCUUUACUUGCACUUUCCUAUCAGUAUGAUGUCAGGAUUAUUCAAAAAUUCUUGGUAAAAGGCCAUACCAAUAUGGAAUGUGAUAGCGUACACGCAACCAUCGAGAAAAAGUUGAAGAAUAAAACCAUUUCAAUUCCUAAUGACUAUCACCGAAUUACAGCGGAAGCUCGAGCAAAUCCAAAACCAUUUGAAGUUGUCUGUCCGACUUUUGAGUUCUUCUAUAACUUUAAUGAAGACCUUGUUUACGAAUCCAUUCGUCCUGGAAGGAAACUGAACGAACCUACUGUAACUGAUAUUCGAGCUCUAAAAUACGAAAAAGGAGAAAUCCAAUACAAACUUAGUUUUGAGGACAACUUUUUUAUACCUUUACCGCAGCGUCCCAAAAAAGCAAUCAAGAAAAUUGAAGAAUUCCGAAAACUAUAUACUGAAAAACUUCCAAUUACCCAAAAAAAGUACACCCAUCUACAGGAAAUAAAAACCAAGCUUCAUAAAAAUUAUUGGCCAUUUUAUGAUAAUUUGUUACAUAAAUAG